AUGGGUAAGAACCCGUACGAAGUGACGGAAGCCGAAUGGGUUGCGUGGUUCCGGCAAGGUUAUGACGUCGACAUACGGGCGCUGGACUCGCUCAAGAAACUGAUCAAGGCGGCUGUCGUGUUUGACAUGUCCGUACAAGAUGCCGACUCACGUAUUGGGAAGAUGUUGGACGGACAGGCAGCCGCCAUCCCUCGCGACCGUCAGGAAUGGGUGAUCAAUUAA